GCAGGUGCGCGAGGCGGCCUCCUUCCCUCCCAACGGCUCGCGGGGCCGCCGGACUUGCCGGGAGCCCAGCGCGGCCGGGCUGAGGGGCCGGUAUGGCCUGAGCGCCCGCGGCGGGAGGCAGCAGCAGCAUGGGGAACCAGGACGCGAAGCCGAAGAGGAGCGCAGGCGAUGCCCCGCACGGAGGUGGCGGCGGCGAGGACGCUGCCGGGCUCCGCGACGCGGAGGGCACAAAGAAGGGGGGCGGGGGCAAGAAGGCGCCGGGCAGGCACGGCAAGGGGGCCGGCGGCGGCGGGGAGCCGGGCAGGAAGAAGAGCAAGUCGGACCCCAGAGCCUCGGUCUUUUCCAAUCUGCGGAUCAGGAAGACCCUGUCUAAGGGGAGAGGUUCCGGCGGCUCCCGUGAGGAUGUGCUGGACCCCCAGGCCCUGCAGGCCGGAGAGCUGGACAGCGCCCACUCCCUGGUCACCAAAACCCCAGACCUCAGCCUCUCGGCCGACGAGACGGGCCUGUCAGAUACUGAGUGUGCUGACCCUUUCGAGGUGACACGACCCGGUGGCCCCGGGUCGGCCAAGGCCGGGGUCGGGGGCCCGGCGGUCGCCGAGGAUUCAGAGACUGCGGCAGGGGCGCAGGAUGGACAAAGGACCAGCUCGGGGUCGGACACAGACCUCUACAGCUUUCACUCGGCUACGGAGCAGGAGGAUCUGCUCUCGGAUAUCCAGCAGGCGAUUCGCCUCCAGCAGCUGCAGCAUCAGUCCCAGGGCCUCGAGUCGCCCGCAGCGUCGCCCCCGUCCGCCACUCCCCAGCCCGGGGCCCUGCUGGGCCUGGACCGACCCCUGCCAGGCCCCAGUGCCGAGGAGGCGCUGCCCGCGCGCCCUGACCGGCCCCCAGCUGCAGACCCUCCCGCGACCGCCGCCUUGCCGUCUCCUGGGUCUGCACCCGGGGAGCGCGCGGCCGGAGUCCCUGUGCGAGGGGCUGGGGACACGGACGAGGAAGGCGAGGAGGACGCUUUCGAGGACGCCCCUCGAGGGUCCCCGGGGGCGGAGUGCGGCCCGGUGGUGGGAGAAGCACCGCGGAGGCCGGGGGCUUCGUACGAGGAGGGGGCGCCGAUCCCCGGCGCCCCCUCGGCCGCCUCCCUGCCCGGCAGCCCCUCUCGCAGCCCGCGCUGCCUCAGGCCCCGCCCGCUCCUCGCCCCUUGCUACGUCAGGACCACCACCCGGCAGCUCAGCUCGCCCGGGCCUUCCCCGUCUCCGUCCCCCAGCCACAGCCCCAGGGUCCAGAGACGGCCGGAGUCCUCCUUGGACCGGGGGACCAGACCUGUCACUGCCGCCGCGGCCGUCCCGGCCAGGAAGCCCCGAGCGGGCCGCAGCCGGUCGGCCGACUGGACCGCGGAGCUGGGCCGCGCGCCCGGGGCUGGGGGCUCCGCGCACCUGCCGCAGCGCCGGGCAGGCGGCCUCCAGGAUGUGUUCGCAGGGCGAACUCUGUUGGAGAAGCUGUUCAGCCAGCAGGAGAACGGGCCUCCAGAAGAAGCGGAGAAGUUUUGCUCACGGAUCAUUGCCAUGGGUCUCCUCCUUCCUUUCAGUGACUGCUUCAGGGAACCGUGCGGGCAGAGUGCCCAGUCCAGCUCAGCUCCGUUUGACCAAGAUCAACUUUACACCUGGGCUGCGGUUAGUCAACCCACACACUCACUGGAUUAUAUAGACGGGCAGUUUCCCAGGCGAGUCCCAUCUGGUUGGCCACCAUCUAAACCUCCUGAUGAAGAACACAGGCCCAAGGAUGCUGACGCAGAAUCUCAAUCUGCUGUUUUAGAAACUCCGAAAAAAUGUUCAGAUGCUGUUCAGGAGGAAGUUUCUGACAUGAAGUCUGAGGGUCAGGCCACUGUCAUUCAGCAGCUGGAACAGACCAUUGAGGAUCUGAGGACCAAAAUAGCCGAACUAGAGAAGCAGUACCCUGCUGUGGACAUGGAGGUGGCAGCUGGCCCUCACAGGGUUCAGAAUGGAGUGGCACGUUCAGAAGACAUCUGUCUGGAAGCUCUCAGGUUAGGAGAAAAGGAUGUACGGCAUCAAAGGAUUUUACAGGCAAAGUCAAUCCAGACGUCCCCGACAGAAGAGGGCAGGACACUGACGCUACCUUCUGUUAGUGCCUCUCCAGAGUGUCCCCCAGGCCCACCUGGGGCUGAAAGUGGAGACUCAGCGGUGCCGUCCUCACCUUCUGGACCUCAGACAAAAUUCUGUUCAGAGAUAUCUGUGGUUGUGUCUCCAAGGCGAAUAUCAGUACAGCUCGACGCACAUCAGUCCAGCCAGACUCCACCACCUCCACCCCUUCCCUGGUCUGAUGGUCAAGGACAGGCCGGACCUCAGCCUUCCCAUCCUUCUCUUCAUACUGAGUCUGAAGCCAGCCAUGAGCACUCUGUUUGCUCCUCCUUUGAAAACAGCCGUGACAUCCCACCCCCACCACCUCUGCCUUGUACAGAGUCCUCCAGCUCCAUGUCUGGCCUGGGCCUGGUGGCUCCCCCACUCCCCCCUCUCCUUGGCAUGACAGGGCUUGCUCUGCCCAGUACAGCAGGGCCCUCACCUCGUCCUCUGCCUGGUACAGAGAUGCUGCCACCCCCUCCCCCACCUUUGCCUGGAAUCCCUCCUCCCCCUCCACUUCCUGGAGCAGGGAUCCCUACUCCCCCUCCUCUUCCUGGUGAAGGGAUCCCUCCUCCCCCUCCACUUCCUGGAGUGGGGAUCCCUCCUCCCCCUCCUCUUCCUGGUGAAGGGAUCCCUCCUCCCCCUCCACUUCCUGGAGAGGGGAUCCCUCCUCCCCCUCCUCUCCCUGGUGAAGGGAUCCCUCCUCCCCCUCCACUUCCUGGAGUGGGGAUCCCCCCUCCCCCUCCUCUUCCUGGAGUGGGGAUCCCCCCUCCCCCUCCUCUUCCUGGAGUGGGGAUCCCUCCUCCCCCUCCACUUCCUGGAGCGGGUAUCCCCCCUCCCCCUCCACUUCCUGGUGAAGGGAUCCCUCCUCCCCCUCCACUUCCUGGAGUGGGGAUCCCCCCUCCCCCUCCACUUCCUGGAGCGGGUAUCCCCCCUCCCCCUCCACUUCCUGGAGUGGGGAUCCCUCCUCCCCCUCCACUUCCUGGAGUGGGGAUCCCCCCUCCCCCUCCUCUUCCUGGUGAAGGGAUCCCCCCUCCCCCUCCUCUUCCUGGUGAAGGGAUCCCUCCUCCCCCUCCUCUUCCUGGAGUGGGGAUCCCCCCUCCCCCUCCUCUUCCUGGUGAAGGGAUCCCCCCUCCCCCUCCUCUUCCUGGAGUGGGGAUCCCUCCUCCUCCUCCACUUCCUGGAGUGGGGAUCCCCCCUCCCCCUCCUCUUCCUGGUGAAGGGAUCCCCCCUCCCCCUCCUUUUCCUGAAGUUGGGAUUCCCCCACCUCCUCCUUUGCCAGGUAUGGGGGUUCCACCUCCUCCAGCCCCUCCCCCACCCCCCCCUCCUGGAUCAGGCAUCCCCCUACCCCCACCAGCCCCUCUGCUUCCUGGAUCAGGCCUCCCUCUCCCACCACAAGCUGGGAGCAGCAUUUUACCAGCACCGCAAGUGUGUGGAUUUCUUCCUCCUCCAUUGCCAACUGGUUUGUUUGGAUUAGGGAUGAACCAGGACAAAGGGAGUAGGAAACAGCCAAUAGAACCCUGUCGGCCAAUGAAGCCUCUCUAUUGGACCAGAAUUCAGCUACAUAGUAAAAGAGACUCCAGUGCUUCACUUAUUUGGGAAAAAAUUGAAGAGCCAUCCAUAGAUUGUCAUGAAUUUGAGGAAUUAUUUUCCAAAACUACUAUAAAGGAAAGGAAGAAACCUAUUUCUGACACCAUCACAAAGACCAAGGCUAAGCAAGUUGUCAAGUUACUAAGCAACAAGAGAUCACAAGCAGUUGGAAUCCUGAUGUCUAGCCUUCACUUAGAUAUGAAAGAUAUCCAACACGCUGUUGUGAACUUGGACAAUUCUGUGGUUGACCUGGAGACCCUUCAAGCUCUCUAUGAGAAUAGAGCACAGUCAGAUGAACUGGAAAAAAUUGAAAAGCAUGGCCGGUCCUCCAAAGACAAGGAAAAUGCCAAGUCUCUGGACAAACCUGAGCAGUUCCUUUAUGAACUGUCACUAAUCCCCAACUUUUCAGAGCGAGUCUUUUGCAUCCUGUUCCAGUCCACAUUUUCAGAAAGCAUUUGCUCAAUUCGUCGCAAACUGGAAUUGCUACAGAAAUUGUGUGAGACAUUAAAAAAUGGCGCAGGGGUUAUGCAGGUUUUGGGUUUGGUUCUUGCCUUUGGCAACUACAUGAACGGUGGAAAUAAGACACGGGGACAGGCAGAUGGCUUUGGACUAGACAUCCUUCCGAAGCUGAAAGAUGUCAAAAGCAGUGACAACAGCAGGAGCCUUUUGUCAUACAUCGUUUCCUAUUAUCUGCGCAAUUUUGAUGAGGACGCUGGAAAGGAGCAGUGUGUAUUUCCACUGCCUGAACCCCAGGACCUCUUUCAGGCCUCACAGAUGAAGUUUGAAGAUUUUCAAAAAGACCUCAGAAAACUGAAGAAAGACCUGAGAGCCUGUGAGGUUGAAGCAGGGAAAGUGUACCAGGUAUCCUCAAAAGAGCACAUCCAGCCUUUCAAAGAAAACAUGGAACAAUUCAUUAUUCAAGCUAAAAUUGACCAAGAAGCAGAGGAGACCUCACUGACAGAGACUCAUAAAUGCUUUUUGGAGACUGCAGCCUAUUUCUUCAUGAGACCAAAAAUCGGAGAGAAGGAGGUGUCCCCCAAUGCUUUCUUCAGUAUCUGGCAUGAAUUCAGCUCUGACUUUAAAGACUAUUGGAAGAAAGAGAACAAACUUAUUCUACAAGAGAGAGUAAAAGAAGCUGAAGAGGUGUGUAGGCAGAAAAAGGGAAAAUCACUUUAUAAAAUAAAACCAAGGCAUGACUCUGGAAUUAAAGCAAAAAUAAGCAUGAAAACCUGAACAACAAAAAGCAGAAUGAAAAUGAGUCACUGCAACCACUUCCACAAAACUCUUCCGACCUGAAGGCGAGAAGGAAACUCAUCAUUUUGAUCACUUCUCUUCUUGAUCUCCUGCAUAAUCUUUGUGUUUUCCAGACAGUUCACUGAAUGUUGAAUUUUACAGUACAUUCAUACAAAAAUGCGAAAGCAGUAGACCAGUGCAGAAUCUGCCACCUUUUCUUUCUGUAGACGUGUAUGGUAUUGUGCCGACAGACCACGACAGCAUGUGCAAGGGGCAGAGUCUGCACUGAUCUGAACAUGCUAGACAGUAACCCAGCAUUUACUUACGUGAGAAUACUCCUCCUCACAGCAAAACUCUUUCCCUUCCACUGACAACCGGCACUCCGCAUCACUGCAUUUAGAUUUAUGGUUAAAUGUUCUUUCUAGUGAAUUGUUUGUAUCAGUUUCAUGUCUACCUAUAAAUUUUCUAUUUUAAAAUUUAAGUACCAUUUAUAUAUAUCAUAGUCAAGGCUUUCCCAGCUUUGGUCUCUGUAACUAUGUAUUUGUGAAAGAAGAUUAUCAUUUUUUUUUACUCAUCAGAUAAUGACUAGAAAAACUGUAGCAAAAGGAAAACUCUUCCUAGAAAAACUGUAGCAAAAGGAAAACUCUUCCUAUAAAUCAUUUCAAACAGGCAGGAAUCAGAGUUUUAAGUUUAAUGAGGACUUUUAUCAGAUCACGUCCUUUGGGACCCUACAUAAAGCCAAUCUGCAACAAAGCUAAAUUAAACCAAAGGUGUGCCUCUCUGUAACUUUGACCAUUGCCCUUCACAAAGAAAAUGACACAACACUUUGAAUGAAUUUAAAUAAGUGAUGCUCAUGAAAUUGCCAAACAUGACUAUUGACCAAAAAAGAGUAAAUUUUGGAUGGAUUGGCAUCUACCUAGAACUUGUUCAUUAAACUCAGCUGCCUGAAUAUUUUGACAUGGCUGAGGUUGUCUUUAUGUGUUAUGGCAGUUGAUUAAAAGCUAUAAAAUGAGUGUGCAAAGAUUUAUCAUCUGAAGGAGCCUAGGAAAAGAUUUCAUUUUAUUUUACUUUAGAGGAAAAAAGGAAAUCUUCCACUGUUUCUGAGAAUAUUUUAAAGUCAGCUCAUGGUGCAUUGUGAUGGUUUUGUCUAACAUUAAUAGUUUUUUUUAAAAAAAUUCUUUUAAUGAUAUUUGUUGGGGUAUGCUUACAGAUAAAGGGGAGAAUUACUGCUACUGCCAACCGAGUAUGGAAAGCAACUUGAAAAUCUUCUCAUAACUAUGUUUGUAUUUAUGUAAAGUAUGGUCUCUUACCUUUCAGUUUGUAGUUUAAGUGCAAAGAAACCGUAGUGACUCUGGUUGUUGUUUUAUAGUCUUCCUGUCUCCUUCAGUCCCUCCAGUGUGUAUAUCACCAUUCUUCAAUGAUAUAAUAGGGCAUUUAACAAAGAUCGCUAUGUGCAAUACUGUAUUUAGUGUUUCUAUUUUUAGUGUUUCUAGGACGUUAAUUUAUAUGAAAAUAAAAUGAAUAAUAAAAGA